AGGUACCAGCCUUCCGGCUAUUGAUGAACAAGAGAAGAGAAUUACCGUCUUUAAUGAGUACUGCAGAAAGAAACCACAAUCGGGGUUCCAUUCGCAAAAGUACCGACAUCAUUUAAUCGUUAUUGACAAGACUAAAACUAUUUACUGUUACAUCCCUAAAACUGGAUGCACUACAACAAAACUAGUGAUGUACAAUCUCCAACACGACACAAAUGUGAGCAUUGCAGAUAACAAAAGGAUACAGAUUCACCGGUACCCCUUUAAGCUACUCAACAGCUACAGUAUGGAAGAUGCGGCCAUGCGUUUAAAGACAUACAACAAACUCAUUGUCGUCCGGGACCCCUUGGAGAGGCUAGCUUCUGCCUGGCUUGAGAAAUUUGUCCACAGUAAACUCCGCUUCUCAUACAUAAGGACCUUACAGCAGGAGGUGUGGAAGUCCAAGGUGGAAAACACAACAACGAAUAAGUCUUUGAGGGGCGACUUACCACCUAUUUCCUUCAGGGAUUUUAUCUGGAGUAUCAUUAACAAUAAAUACAGAGAUGUGCACUGGGAACCGUUCUUUAGUCUAUGUGCUCCCUGCCAGGUUCAAUACGAUUUCAUCGCUCAUACGGACACGCUGGUAGAAGACCUUCGUCUGUUCUUCCACAGGAGCGGUAUUGUAGGGAAGGACGGCAUCCUCCCGAGACAACACCCCUCACGGGCUAAAGCAAACUUCGGUAACACUUUCCAGGAGGUCCCGACGGAGGACAUAUUUCGGAUCGGAGAAAUUUACAAACCGGAUUUCGAAAUGUUUGGAUACUCCUUUGACCAAGACCUCGAGAUGAUUGAAAAGGAACGACCGAACACACUUAAACAAAAUGCCUGA